AUGCCUAGCACUGAUAGCUUAAGACCCAGAACAGCAACAGGACAAGUGGUGACCAACAGUCGUUUAAAAACGAACUGGGCAGUGUGGUCAGCAGAAACAUCAGCCGCAUCCUCCCCACUAGAUACACCAGAACGUUCCAGCAGCUCAUCUCUCAGCAGUCUAGAAGAAGACGAAGAGCACAAUAAUGUCGUCCCAUUCCCAGAACUAGAAAUCCCAGAGCUAGAUCUCCAGAUACCGCCGAUUAGACUCCAAUCACUACAGCGCUACAAAAAAACAGAACCACUCACAUCCAUCUCCACAGUACCAGACUAUGACUUAGCCAGAUUCUUUGCACUCGCACAACCAAAGAUCAACAUGCACGCAGAAACCCCUCAGAUCUUUCAUGGCGAUGGAUGUGCAUCAGAAAAUCCAGUGGAUUUCCUAAAACCAUUCAAUCGCACAAUGCGCCAACAGACCAUAGCAACGAGCAGUGACAAACUAGACGCCUUUGGGGAUUAUCUCGGAACCAGUUCGCGAGCAGAAACAUGGUUCAAAGCACUUCCCCCCGCAGAUAAGGCUACCUGGACUGCAUUCGUAAUAGCAUUCGAAAAACGCUGGCCGCUAGUCACAAUCGCAGAAAAGACGAAAGCAGAAUAUGAGAGAGAGCUACUAGACCAUGUGUUGCCAAGCACAGAACGAAAGCGCUACAGCUCGCCACCAACGCAGACAUCGAUUAAGCUACCAGACGUCGUAAAAGACUUACUCAAGGACGAAGAAUACAAGACGUGGACAGAGUUUGCGAAAGCAGUGACAGAGUUAAAAGGGAGCCGGCUAGCAGAGAAGCAAGAACAGAGGACCAGACAAGCUCAAGAACUCAAGGCAUUACGAGCAGAAGUAGCCCGAGUUCAGCUACAAGUGCCACCACAGAACCCAAUGGCCAACCUUCAGAAUCAAUUCAGCAAGAUGGCGCUCAGCCCAACAAUCCCGCCACACGCACCGUCGGCAAAUAGCACAUUCACUCGAGUCUCAGCAACGUCUAACCAACAGAGCCAGCAACCCACAUACAGCCUGUCAGCCAGCCACAGCGCAACAGCUGUUCAUGAUAACAGAAGAGAUGAAGACCAGCAGUCCAACAACUGA